UAUUCCAGUAAUGUUCGAAAACAUAUUAUAAGCGUGCUCGUAAAAGCAUGUAUAAGUACACGAAGUCAAAAUAGUCGUGGAAAGGCGUAAAGUCAGUCGUGGCAUAAAAAUGUCGACAAAUUCAUUUGCUCAUUCUCGGCCUUUCGACCUCGUUCAUUGAUCGUGUAGGUAGUGGCAGCCGAGAUGUGUGUGCUGUCGAGGAGACUACUGUUAUGACGAUGUAUUCGACUUGUUCGGAAAGCGCCCGAAUAUGGAAAGGAGCAGGAAGGAAUCCAUAAGAGCCAGCCACGCUUCGAAUCGAGGAUUUCACUCGGCCGGUUUUUCUCGGUUUUCUCGUGGUUCGAGAGUUCGUGGGAUGGGUUGAUGAUGUAGAUAGAGAAAGAGAGAGAGAGAGAGAGAAAGAAAGAAAGAAAGAAAGAAGAGGGUUGGCAAAGAGGUUCCCGCAAGGAUCGCAGAGGGGAUCGUUGAAGGGUUUUGGUAGGGUGGGGUUGAAAAGUGCCGAGGGACGGCGCGCAAUGCCAAAGGAGAUGCCCGGGGAAGGAGAAAGAACAAGAUGGCGGACGCAAUACGAUGGUGGCGCCACUCUAGCAGAAGGGCGCAUGCGCAGAACGCUCGCUCGCUUAGAUAGAACAGUCGGGUGCAUGUCGACGUCGCUUAUAAUUCGGUCGCUUCACAGCGACGCGAAUACGUCCUUCGUCUCGAGAAGAAAAGAGAGGACAAGGUGGAAGAGGAAGAGGAGGAGAAGUUGGAGGAGGAGGAGAAUACGAUCGAGUCCAUCGUUUUCGAGCGAGAGCGCGCGCGCACAGCUCCUGCUGGCCGGCGUGUUCCUGCCGAACGAGGGAAAAGAAUCCGCCCUACGAUCGUCUGCUCGCGCGCGCGCACUUACAGCAAUUGCGGAGAAAACGUGGGUGCGCGCGCGCGUUAGAAAGAGAAAGAGAGAAUGUACCACCGCUCCCUUCGUAUAAACGAUCCGCCUGAGAUUAUAGCUCUCACGAACGUAACGUUGAAAAGAGAUAUCGUAGGAGGGAGAAUGCGGGGCUGCUUAUACGAGAGGGAGAAGUAGAAGGGGGUCGAGAGAAGGAAGGGUAGAAAGAGAGAGAGAGGGAGAGAGAUAAGCGCAUGUGCGCGUGCGGGAGACAGAGAGACGGGCCGCGAGAGAACGAAGGUGUUCCGAAGUUUCCGACGUCUCUCCAACUCGGGACUCGUCGGAUACGCUCGUUAGCUGAUACGCGCGCAGUGCCUGCUGCGGCUACGGGCUCGGUGUUUCUCGUGUGUCACGCGCUCGGAACCAUCUCUCUCUCUCUUUUCUGUAAAGGGGAACGUAUUUGUGUAUCGGAUGAAAAGAUAUUAGGUGGUCGGGAUAAGUGUGAUAGCUGUGGUCAAGGAAGGAUCAAUCGGAGUAAGAAGGUAAAAGUCGAAGGUGUGUAAGAAGAUCGAAGAGAAAGAAGAAGAAGAAGAAAAAGAAUAAGAAGCCGAGGAGGUAGUUUUCGCACGGGGGUGUGUCCAUGAGGUCUCGAGAGUCGAGUUCGUCGUUAAGUUCGUCACGGUGGUGGUGGUGGUGCUCGCAAUCGUGCCGGCACCGGCCGUGAUCAUCGUUGACGACGAGGACGAAGACGACGAAGAGGAGAAGGAGGAGGAGAAAGAGGGGCAGGAGGAGGAGGAGGACAGAAACGUGCGAGUAGUCGUAGCGGAGAGGAAGAGGAGGUGUUGGUGGUGGUGGAGGCGGUGGAAGAGGAGGAGGAGCAAGAGGGGGAGGAGGAGGGCGCAUAGCCUCGCGUGCAGGAUGCAGCAUGAACCUCGGUGUCCCGUAUCGGGAGCUCGCGAGCCUCGGCAGGGGGACUACGAGGACGGCGUUCGUGCGCUUUCGCCGCUCGAGAACUCCUGUCGUCAGAGUCGUCGUUGUUCGACGUUUCCCCACGCUCGACGUUCGUACGAAGAGACUCGCUCGACCCGGUGGCACGUUCACGCGAGCGACAAACUACAGGGAGAGAAGGAAGAGAAGAAGAAGGACGAGAAGUCGGAGGAGAAGGAAGUGGAGAAGAAAGAAGACGAGAAAGGUGGUGCUUCGAGGACGGUGGUCUCGGUGUUCGGCCAGGUGGCGUGUCAGAAGGAAGAGACGAAAGGUAUCACCGACGAACGACGACGCAUUAUCCACGAUCAUCCUGCCUUUUUCCCGCCUUUAUCAGCCUUACCCGAAUCAGUCCUCGUUGUCGUUACGACGGUGGCUGCCACGGCAGUCGCGAUUACCACGAGCUCGAUCGUUACCGUGUUGGUGGUGGUACUCGGCAGUGCCGUUCCUCCCGCAGCUAUCGUCGUCCCUAUUUACGGACGAAGAAACUCGCGGUUGCUGGCCCAGGGGAACUUCUAAGGGCCCCGCUAACCCGGACCGUUCGAACGAGUCCUCGAAGCUGGCUAACGGCACCGGGAUACUUUCGAGCGGGGCUGAGAGCACCGUUGACCAAAGGGAAGGAGAGAGAAGAAGAAGUUGGAGCAGGAGUAGGAGUAGAAAAAGUACGAGGAAUACGCUUAGCUCGUUUACUUUCGGUGGCGAGGCCGGUGGCGAGGUCGGUGGCGAGCUCGGCGGCAGCGGAAGGACGCAGCUUAGCCGCGGGAGAAGAAGCGGGCUUAGGCCUUGGUGGCAGCGAUGCGGGGCCCCCUGCAGCAAGGAACACGCGACCCCAGCACGGAUUGUCCGCGCGAGUUCGCCACGACUCCUUCCUCUUAUCAUCGUUUAUAUCGUUAUCGCCUACGUUAUCGCCUCACGUACGUUCUCGCUUCCUCGCCGAUCCUCGUUUCGAUCGGUGGACGGAGGAAAGGAAGGAGGACUUCUUCGGAAGCAUCAUUGGGGAGUCUCAGCAACGACGAGAACGACGUGGAGAACACGGGGACGUUAGAGUCCCCGAUCUCGUGUCCAUGCGGCUCGACUCGCCCGGACUCACGGGACCACCCACGACGACGAGAGGAAAGAGGAAGAGGAAGAAGAAGAAGACGGAGGAGGAGGACGACGAGGAGUCCCGCGUCGUCUAUCGUUGUUGUUCUCUCUUUCGUCGAAUCGCAACCCCUAAACAAGAACGACGUGGUAACGUCGUUAUCGCCGAGCGGCAACGUCAACGACAUCAUCGGCAUCAGCAUCAUCGCCGACAACAACAACAGCAGCAACAGCAGCAGCAACAACAACAACAACAACAACAACAACAACAACAACAACAACAACAACAACAACAACAACAACAACAACAACAACAACAUCAACGACGGCGACGUCGUCGGCGUCGAAGACAGCAGCUGCACGGAGAACACGAGGACGGGCCAGCAGCUAGAAACGCCACUGCCUUUCGCGCCUCUCGCCACCCUCCUUUCCGCAGUGUGGUGCGCGCGCGUUAUCACGCGGUCACACCGACCUUGGAAGCCGAGCAGGGAGAACGCCGAACGGAUCGGCUCUCAGCGACGCGACCACAACGACGACGAUGGGCUGUUGCUCCUACCUCCCAGUCGAGAAAGAAAAGGGGACUCGCUGGACGCCGUAGAAGAUCAUCUCUUUUCAACGAUCGAAUCUUUCUGCGUGGUUACACCGUCGAACGAUUCUCGGUACGCUCUUAUCCCGCGUCAAAUGGAUUCGCGAACAGUGCGAUCUUUCUCACGGGUACUUCUUCUUCUCUCGAUGUGCUUGCUAACACUGCCUUUAAUGACGAUGACGAUGACGAGGACGAAACAGAGAACAUAUCGUCGUGCCGACGGCCGGCGAUGGACGUAUUCGUCGAACCCUCGUCGACGAUCGAGAUCGAUGCUACGCGAUGUCACUCGUGGACUAUCGAAAAUAGUGGAAACGGAAUCGGAACUGACGACGCAACCGUCGUCGAUCGCGGUGCAUCGGCUCAUUUAUCGAACGCUAAUAAGAAUAGAGAGUCUUCCAGCUAUCGUCUUCAACAAGAAGAGGAUCGAAGCGAUAGCUUCGAAGAACGAGAAAGAGUCGUCGUCGACGACUUUGACUUUGAGCGUGAAAGAAAGAGAAGAAAAGGAAGAGAAACUCAAGGAAACAACGAGUAUCCUGAUGGAUUUCCACAGUCGACUCUUAGUCGGAGAGAAGGAAACUGGUCGAACGAAUCUAACGCGAAUCUUAGGAUCGUUCUCGAGGACAGUAAUUCGAGAAUCGCACAUCGCCGAUGCCAGGAGCAACAACGUCAACAACAACAGCAACAGCAUCACCAACAGCACCGCCACCCCUAUCACCACCAUCACCACCAACAGCAGCAGCAACAGCUGCCUCGUCGCGGCAGGAAUUACGGACUGCUCCUUCUCCUGUACCUCCUGACGUGGCCGUUGUUGUGCUCGAGCAACAGUUCGAGCCAACAUCCAUCCUCGGCUGGCUUUGGGCAAAAGGCGGCUGCCCUCAGCAGCGGUGCGAAUCUCAUACGGGAACGAAACGACAGCGAUAGAAAUAAUAGGAACAACCACCACAACAGCAACAACAACAAAACGGCGCCGAGAGGCUCACCGUUGUCCUCAUCGUCCAACGACGCGGCGCAACAAUAUAUUCGAAGCGACGAGGACGAUCAACGUCGCUAUCGCCAGGAGGCAGACUCGAAAGCUCAACAAAUGGAAAUGGAAGAGUUUUAUCAGGAUCAGCAGGCUAUCCCUGAGAUCACUGACGCGCAUCCUUACAACGAAUACGCUUGGGAGGUGAACCAGAUAAAUCCUUGGCUGUCGGCCUGCGAUCUGGCGGGUCCAGCGCCGGCCGAUCUUCAGGGUAGCUGUGGUCCACCGGAAGUUCCAAAGAUCUGUCCAGGUGCAUGCGCAUCAGAAUCGCAAGGAAACAAGCCCGAAGCUGGUUUCGUCCAAGUUAUCAAGAAGCUACAAGCUAUGGAAUAUAAGAUGAGGGCAAGGAAGAAAGGGAUAAGUGAUAACGAUCUUCAUGGCGAAGCGAAGGAGCUAGCGAAGGAAAGAAAAAGGAACUACAAGGACAACGACGAUGAGGAGCGCGAUCGAGCCAAGCCCGAUGAUGGCGAGCGGGCGGUUCCGGAACAGUGCCUUUUUUAUCUCGAGGAGUCGCACAAGAGAGACAUCUGUCGGGACGAUUUCGGCCGGGCCAGUACGGAAAGUUUUUUAACCCCAAGGGAGAAUCGAUAUUGGUUCAUGAGUGGGUUGCGUCUGCGGCAUUGCUGCGAACACGCGGUGGUCAACGCCCUGGCGCCUGGUAAGGGAGGCCCGCUCGAGGACGUGCUAAAUGGCGGCCGGAAAUGCGCCGAUGCUUUGGAGAAGCUGUUGCUCGUCGACAGGCUCGCCGCCAGAUUACACUGCGAGUUUGAGGAAGUCCUGGCGCGCUACGACUGUGCCCAGCCGUACUCGGUCAUCCACAAUUGCAACCACUGCAAGGAAGCGUACAGAAAGUGGGUGUGCAGCUCCCUGGUGCCUUACUUUGCUCACGGGGGACCGCAGGACUUGGAGUCCUCGGAGGGAACUUGGACUAGGAUAAGACCGUGUCUAUCCCUCUGCCAGUCCGUGGAACAACGUUGUCCUUAUUUGCUUCCGGGUGACCGUGCCCCCGCGUACCCUACACAAUAUGCCGGCGAACCUACCUUUCUUUGCAGAGACCCGAACAUACUUGAGACGGGGGAACAAGCUACGAGGGCGUUGCACAGUAGCGACGAACGAGAAUGCUGUUUCCACGUGUGCUCGGAACAGGAGCUAGACUUGGGAAUCUGUGCGAAUUGUACCGAUCGCGAGCCACGUAAACGAGGUAGAGAAUUCGAUCCUCCGACGGCACCCCACUGCGAGAUUACACCUAUUCAAUCGGACUCUGCAGAUGAGGAGGAAGCAGCAGGAUGGCCAGUGUUCAUAGAUGACAAGAACAUCGAGUUCGGUUCAACGUCGACGUUCUUCCCAAUGAUUUUGCACGAUCAACAACAACAGCAGCAGCGACAACAACAACAAUAUCAGGGUACAUCUUUAUGCGGGAGUGGUGGAGUCGGCUCGAUGACAUCGAGUUCGUCGAAUCGUGCAACGGCUUCUCACAUAGUGCAUUUUCUUUGCUUGUUAUCAAGCAUGAUCCAAUUCUUCCGGUGGUCGUGCCUGUUGUUGGGGAGUUUCUCGAGGACGAUCGUCGUGCUCGUGCGAAACGUCCUACAUUCGGGACGUAGGUUUGCGUCCUUCGUCGUUGGAAGUGAAAGAGUUAAAGAAGAAGAAGAAGAAGAAGGAAUAGGAGGAGGAAAAGCAGAAGAAAGUGGAGGAAGAAGAGGAGGAAGAGAAGGAAGAGAAAUGCGAUCGAUCGAGGAGAUUCGGCCUCGUUCUCGUUCAGACUGGUUCUGCUCUCGAUGGUGGUGUCCAUCGUUGUCAUCGAUGAAUAGAAACUUGACCAUCUCUCUAAAUAAGAAGGAUAAUAAGAAUGAAGAAGAAAAAGAAAAGGAAGACGAAGACGAAGACGACGACGAUGAUGAUAAUAAUGAUGAUGAUGAUGAUGAUGAUAAUGAUAAUGAUGAUGAUGAUGAUAAUGAUAAUGAUGAUGAUUACGACGAUUACAAUAAUACAUAUAUUUUAAAUCUAAUUCCACGUACUAAUGUGGUAAUACCAGUUGAUGUUACUCUUCACAAUUACUAA